AAUUAUCACUAAAUAAUAAAUACUUUUCAUAAUAUUAUUCUACUUUGUAUUUAAUAAUACAAAGACGUUGUUCUAAAUUAUAAUAUAUUCUAUAUUCAUGCUUAUCGCCAACUUAUGUUAUAUAAUCAGCUCAAAAUAUUGAGUGGUUGUUUUUCGCCAAGCUGAUAUUAUGAAUUCGACAUGUUUUUAAGUACUCUUGUAGACUUUAGACUUGAUGUAAAACAAACGAAGUUCUAUUACAAUAAUGACAACAAACACUGACACUGAAGCGCCAUCAGUUUAUAGAGGUAGUUUCUUUUGGAGCUGGUUCCCUAGAAGCUCAAUGUCUUGGAAGUUUUUACAAGAAGCCGAACAAAAGUUAUUAUUAUAUGUUAAAUCACCAUAUCGAACACGUUAUGUGAACUUGGGCCCAGUUGUUGAACAGGAGGAUAAAAUAUGGACGUUGGAAAUGAAUAGCGAUAAACAAGAAACUCCUGUAGUUCUGUUACACGGAUUUGGUGCUGGCCUUGCAUUAUGGUGUAUGAAUUUAGACAAGUUAUCUAAUAACCGUAGACCAGUGUAUGCUAUGGAUCUACUGGGGUUUGGACGUAGUUCUAGACCUCAAUUCAGUUCUGAUAGUAUACAAGUUGAACAGCAGUAUGUAAAUGCUAUAGAAAAAUGGAGAUCAGAAAUGAAACUCGAAAAAUGUAUUUUACUUGGACAUAGUUUCGGAGGAUUUUUAGCUACUGCAUAUACUUUACAAUAUCCUGAAAGAGUACACCACUUGGUUCUUGCAGACCCUUGGGGAUUUCCUGAAGAAAAAAAAGAUAUAAACAAAAAAAUACCAUGGUGGGUAAAAGGAAUCUUUUACGUACUCAAACCCCUCAAUCCAUUGUGGCCAGUAAGAUUUGCUGGACCUUUUGGACAAUGGCUAGUAAUAAACUUACGAUCUGAUAUUUUGAAGAAAUUUGAGCCAGUUCUUGGUGAAAAAACAACUCACGUCGGAGAAUAUAUUUACCAAUGCAAUUCUCAGCGCCCUACUGGUGAAAGCGCUUUUCACAGUUUGCUAACAGGAUUCGGUUGGGCUAAAAAUCCUAUGAUAAAACGUGUGCAAAAUAUUAACAACAACGUGCCAAUUACAUUUAUAUAUGGUCAAGACACUUGGAUGGAUCAAAGUAUUGCAGACAUUGUUAAGAAAGAACGAUUAAACGGCAUAGUUAAUAUUGAGAAAAUUCCAAAUGCUGGCCAUCAUGUUUUUGCUGAUCAGUUUGAGGCGUUCAACGAUUUAGUUAACAAAAUAUGCCAAGAGCAACAAAUAUUAGUUAAAAACGAAUAACUUUUUAUUAAGUCACAAUGAGUGUAACCACAUGAAAUAAGUAUAUAGUAAAUGCAAUGUUACAUAGUUUUUUUUUUUAUUGUACUAAAAUAAUUUAUUUAUAAAUGUUUAAAAAUUAUACAAUUUUACUUAAAUCCAUGUUAUCAUCAUCGUCAGACUCUAGUGGUUUUACUUGAUUCAUGAGUAAAAAUUUGUCAAUUUUAUCA